AUGAUUGUGACAGACGCGAAUUCUCAACAGAACCGAUGGAAGCACCUCCAUAAGGUCCUGACCAAUGCCGGUCCCUACUGCGAUGAAGACUGGAUUCCAGGAGAAGAGACGAUCACUGCGUUGGAGUCUUCAAAAAUCCUUGGAGCUGGUGGCUUAGGCUGUGAGAUCUUGAAGAAUCUUGCAUUGUCAGGAUUCAAAGAUAUCCAUGUCAUUGAUAUGGAUACUAUUGACAUCUCCAAUCUCAAUCGACAGUUUCUCUUUCGUCAAGCUGAUAUCGGCAAACCCAAAGCCGAAGUCGCUGCUGCCUUUGUGGAAAGACGGGUCAAGGGUGUCAAAAUCACGCCCUUUGUCGGCAAGAUCCAAGAUAAGGACGAGGACUACUAUAUGCAGUUCAAAAUCGUCAUCUGCGGCCUUGACAGCAUUGAGGCUCGUCGCUGGAUUAACUCGACCCUGAUCGGAAUGGUUGACAUGGAAAACCCCGAGAGCCUGAAGCCUCUGAUCGAUGGCGGAACCGAAGGGUUUAAAGGUCAAGCCCGUGUGAUUCUACCCACUCUCUCAUCAUGCAUUGAGUGUCAACUCGACAUGCAUGCUCCUAGACCCGCAGUACCGCUGUGCACCAUUGCCACUAUUCCUCGCCAGCCUCAACAUUGCAUUGAAUGGGCUCACCAGAUCGCGUGGCAGGAGAAGCGGAAGGAUGAUACCUUUGACAGCGAUGACAUGGAACAUAUCUCAUGGGUGUACAAUACCGCCAUGGAGCGGGCACAGCAGUUCCACAUCCACGGUGUGACCUUCCAGAUGACUCAAGGUGUCGUGAAGAAUAUUAUUCCAGCAAUCGCAUCUACCAAUGCCGUGAUCGCUGCGUCUACGACUUCCGAGGUGCUGAAGAUCGCCACUUCCUGUAACCCUUACCUCGAGAACUACAUGAUGUAUGCCGGCGAGGAGGGGGUCUAUACUUACACAUUCGAGGCGGAGAAGAAGCCCGAUUGUCCCGUGUGCGGCAAUCUUGCUAGAAAGAUGAUCGUGGACCGGAACUCGACCCUGGGCGACUUCAUUGACAGUCUCGGCGAGAGGGCCGAAGCGCAGCUGAAAAAACCCAGUCUCCGUACUGAGGAGAAGACUCUUUAUCAGCGCUUCCCACCCCAGCUGGAGGAGCACACUAGGCCCAACCUGAAGCUCAAGCUGCAUGAGCUGCUGGAAGAUGGCGAAGAGGUCGCUGUGAGUGACCCGGCCUACACCAUUGACUUCCGGUACAAGGUGAUCUUCAACAAAUAG